CAGGAAUAUACUGCCAAGAACCUGAAUCCAUUGGUUAGAACGUGAAUAAAGUGCUAAGAACAGGAAUAUACUGUCGAGAACCUGAAUCUAUUGGAUAGAAAGGAAUCAAGGAAUAAAGUGCCUAGAAUAUGUUUCAAAGAAAAGGAUCAACUGCCGAUACAAUAUUCAUGAGCAUCAAUACUCCAAAAAUGUAUACCAUUAAACGAAAAAUAUCUAGAUGGUUUCACCCUGUAUGUGUACGUCUCAUAACAAUCUCCACAAUAUGCGCUUUUAUUUUAAUAACAUUUCAAUACAAAGAACUGAUUCAUAUUCUCAGAAAAGAUCCAAAUAAUCCUAAUCCUAAUGUUAGAAUCGAUGAUCCUUUGGAAAAACAAGGAAUAAUAGGCAGAAAAUACAACAAUCCUGAACUUCAAGAUACAUUUAAAACUAUUGAAAAUUCAACAGACAGUUUUGUACAAAGCGAUGAUGCCAAUAUUAGGGUUAAAAAACGACCAGGAGUUAUCAACAUUGGUAUCCAGAAGUGUGGAACAGGUGCACUUCUUUCAUACUUAAACAUCCAUCCAAACCUAAAGAUUAAGUGGAGUGAGGUCCACUUCUUUGACAAGCUAAUCAAUCACGAUCAUCCAUUUGAAGAAGAGGUGAAAAGAUAUAUCCAAAUGCUCCCAAAGGCAUUCCCAAAUGAAACUAUCCUUGAGAAAACCCCUGCAUAUUUUGACUUGGCUGACCCCUAUGACCUUUACAGAAUGAACCCUGCAUUGAAGAUAAUUUUACUGGUUUGUGACCCUGUAAGGAGAGUAAUAUCGGCCUAUUUGCAUAAUAAACUAUUAAGAGUGUUUUCAAAAGCUAAAUCAUAUGAAGAAAUCAUAUUUGAUAAGAACGGUUAUGUUAAUACAACUGAAGAUAUUAUAACCAGAAGUAGAUAUGACAAACCACUGGAAAGAUACUUAAAAUAUUUCCCUAGAAAUCAAUUUUUAAUUAUGGAAAACACAUUUUUAUUGAAUCAGCCAGCUUUGGCCAUGCAAGACAUUGAGCAGUUUCUAGGUUUAAAGACAUUCUAUACCAACGAGACAUUUUAUUUCAAUACGUCUGUCGGUUACCAUUGUAUUAAUCCAUCUAUUCAGCCAAAACGUAGCGGGUGUAUGUUAAGCAUAAAAUACAAAGUUCAUCCUUAUGUAAGUGAAGAAAACGUUUUAAAACUGAAGCGGUACUUUCAACCAAUCAAUGACAAUUUCAUGAAAUUGGCAGGUAAAAAUUUUCCAUCCUUAACAUAUUUUUAGCCAUUCGAAUAUAUACUCAAGGGUAUUAACCAAACCUCGAAAUACUGUGAAUAUUUGAGGGUACACAUUGAGCCAAACAUACAUACAGCCCCAGCCAAGCAAGUGAUCGUGCGGUUGGAAUAAUUCUCGUGUAUACUUGUAAAACAAUAUUGCGUCAAUGAUUAGGAAUAAACCAGCUGUAUGUGUUAACUUU